UCAUGUGAUAUCAGAUGAUAUCAAUAUUCUUCGUCAGGUUCAUCAUGUGCUAUGGUUACUGAUUACCAAUGCAGCACAUGAUUUGGGAAUUAUUCUCAGUCAGAGCAGAAUUGUACUGGCCAAUAGGCUAGUGAAGGGGUCUAGCGUGGAAGAAGUCAAAGAGUUUUAUCUCAUAAACUCGGCCUUGAUAUCAAACAGUUGCAAGCUCGGAGAAGAUAAUGUUGUGGUGUACUACCAUCGAAGACGGGUGAAGUAUGUCUUCAUAUCAAUGAAGAUCUUGCUCUCUCUCCUAGGUCUCAUUUCCUUCUCUAGAGCUCUGAAACGGUCUCUCCAUAAUCGAGAUUCAGAAGAAGAAGAAGAAGAAGCAAUGUGCAGAGGGGUGGUGGAACAGAGGAGCCACGGUGGUUGCCGGGACUUUUCGGCGGCUGAGAAGGGUGGUGAUUCGGCGGAGGGUGCGGUGGUGAUGUGCGAGCUCUGUAACUCGAGGGCUUCAUUGUACUGCCAAGCGGAUGAUGCUUAUUUAUGUAGGAAAUGUGACAAGUGGGUUCAUGGUGCUAAUUUCUUAGCUCUCAGGCAUAUUAGGUGCAUUCUCUGUAGUGUUUGCCAAAACCUUACCCAUAAAUACCUCAUGGGAACCUCUACUCAGGUCCUUCUCCCCACCAUCGUCACCUGCGACCAACCUCCUAAUGACUGCAACGGCAAUCGCAAUCUUAACACAUGUUGUUCUGUAAGGCUCAAAACGCCUGUUCUCUUUUUGUGAAUCUUAGUAUCUUUUCAUCUC